AUGCCUCAGAGGCCUAAGGGGCGCACAGGUUUCAGCAGCGGUUCUUCAGAUGAAGAAGUUGACGCAAGUGUGUUGUGUCCGCACUACGACGAACACCACAAAGGGAAGCAUUACCAGCAGUACCUGAGACAGAAAGAAGCAGAAGCGCAAACAAUUAAAGAUACUUCUCGCCCUCCCCUUUGGCGAGUCCCUAUCGUUAGGCAGCCUCUUCCCGUAAGCAUAGAAGAAUUCAAUCCCGCGGAACCCCAAUACGCAAAGUUUGUCAAGGCUCUGUGGUCGCACGCGAAAGCCACAGUGGAGGACAAAGAGGCAGCGGAGGAUUUCGCCCAGUCACCCAUGGGCCAGGAUGCUGUGCCCCAGCGCUGCCCCGACCUCGAUGAAGCCGGCUGGAGGAGGGGGCUUCUGCAGCACUCCUGGGAGGACCGGCCUGGCACUGUGGGCAGGCCUUUGAGCCCCACAUUCAUUCGAAAGGGGACCUCUUGGCUCGUUGAUGCUGAGGGAUAUGAAGGGCCCUUCGGCUCCCCUGGCGACCUGCGGUCUAGAGGCAUGGCCUAUGACAGCAGGUUCCAGCUCCCGACCCUCUCUUCCCUCAUGAAGGCGAAGCACGCUGUGUUUGUCAAAGCAAAGGACCCUAAAGAAGCGAAAACAAUCUCCGAAAGACAGAGUGCAUCGACGCGGAGAAGCAGAACACCACAACGCCUGCGCGUCGCGCGGUGCCGGUCCACUCCUCCCCAGCUCAAGGUCGUUACCGAGCCAUCAGAGAGCGUACCGCCGCAGCCACAGCAACAGCAGCCGCAGAAACUUUCUCCUAGAACUCUGUCUCCUUCGCUUUUACGACCCCCUGCUUCUCCGCUGUCACCGAACGGCAGCGUGCGGGCGGGGCAAAACGGGUCACCCAGGGGAAGUCUGUCUGGCAGCCCGAAGACCUCCUCGCCACCUUCUCCCUGCGGCUCCCCCAAGAGCCAAACGAAGGAAAAGAAAAGUCCAAGGAGCCCUUUAAAUAAACAAGAAAAGAAAGAAAGUGUUGGGGAGAACUGCAGCUGGGCGGUACAUAUUAGGGGAAAGGGGAAAUACCAGUAUCCAGAGAGCUACAUUCGGUGGAAGAGGGAGAGAAAGCGCAUGCGUGAAAGACUUAAAAAACUUAGAGCUGGAGAAAUAUUCACAAGUGAUAGGCCCAAAGAAGUUUGCACAGAUUGUGAAACUCCCACUCUGUGCUGGGACCCGCAGCCAUUCACCGAACACUUGCAAGCUGUGCGUAGCUUCGGCUCGGCCCCGGAUGACGACGCCUCCUCUGGCAGCGAUCUUUCCCCGUCUUCUCGGAGAAGCAGCAGCAGCAGCACUAGCAGAAGCGGGAGCAACAGCAGCAGUAGAAGCUGCAGUCCUACCGGAGAAGCAGCAGCAGCAGCACUAGCAGAAGCGGGAGCAACAGCAGCAGUAGAAGCUGCAGUCCUACAUCUGAGGACAACAACCCCACCCCAGAGGAUAGCACCUACUAGCCUCGUGAUGCCUCCUCUUCAGCAGCAACAGAAUUUGGUGGGACAGCAGCAGACGCAACAAGGACAGCUGCUGCUGCAACAGUUGCAGCAACGUCAGCAACAAACACUGCUGCAGCCGCAGAUUCCUCCUGGUUAUAUGGCAGUACAGCUGCCAGGGACAGGUUUUAUGCACCCUACGAUCGCUGUACAGCCUUCUCAGUCUGUCGCCUUCGAACAGAAACAGCAGCAACAGCAACAGCAGCAGCAGCAGCAGCCGCUGGAGCGCGAAGAGCAGCAGGAAGCGCAGAAACAGGAGCAGCAAAAUGAGCAACUCGUCAAUUCAAGCAGACCCCAAGAGGAACGGAGGAACAAUAAUGCCGCCCCGUUCUCUCGCUCCAGGCAACAGCAACAACAAAAACAACAAAACAAUACCAGCAGUAAACAUCGAUACCUCAGCGCACCGCCGCCGGCAAGCCGGCACACAGGGAGAGGAGGCAAUGAGCAGCCCUUCCCUUCUUCAACUGCUUCUGCUCCACCCCCUGUCCAAAACCCAGCUACCUCCUCACUGCCACCGCAGCCCUUCAUGGUUGCGCCUUCACAGCAACUCUUUGGGGGCCCCCAGCUGCUCUCAGCGGGGCCAGGAGGAGUUCAAACUGCCCCUCAGUUGCAGCAGCAGCAGCCCAUCGUGCUGCAGGGAACACCGCCGGUGGUGCAAGGGGCCCCCGCGGCUGCAGUACUCCCUGGGUGGCCUUUGUUGGUUCCAGCCGGGACUCAACUAGUGUCGAAGAUACAGCAGCAGAUACACCUUGGAGGUCCUUGGAACUUCUCGGGUGUUGAGCGGUUUCCUCGGCAGCAGCAGCAGCAGCAGCAGCCAAAUGCUGCAGCAGCUGCUGCCAGCCACAGAAGCGCCUCCUGCAGCCCUCUGGGGGCUGCUGUGGUCAUGGCGCCGCUGCCUCUUCUGCCUCAGCAGCAAACUCCAAUUCUCGUCAGACAGCUGCAGCAGCAGCCCGUCUUGGUGCAGCAGCCGCAGCAGCAAGCCAACCUCAUACAACAGCAGCAGCAUCCUCUUUUGAUACGGAGGCAGGGGCAGUCUCUUGUGGUGCAGCGGCAGCAACAGCAGCCUCUCGUGAUACAGCAGCAGCAACCUCUUGUGAUACAACAGCCGCAGCAGCAAACUGUCCUGCUGCAGCAGCAGCAGCAGCAGCCGAUAGUGAUACAACAGCUUCAGCCUGCUACUAUGCCCCCGAAGCAGCAGUCACCGCAGCAGAAUGCUGUACAACAGCAGCAGCCAAGUGCCACAAUAGUGAUUCAGCCGCAGCAACCUGUCGUUGUGACUCAGCAGCAGCCUGCUGUUGUAGUUAAAGACACUCCGGCUACAAAGCCUGAGGAGCAGGCGCCUGCUGCUCCAGCAACACCGAAAGCAAAGCCAAAGACUCAGUGGCUGUGGAGCUGCAGCGUCGACUGCGGAGCCAAGUGUGGUGGAGACCGCACAGAAGCUCCCCAAGGGACACAGCAGCAGCAGCAGCAGCAGCAGCAGCAGCAAAGAGGAAAACAACCCACGCAGCGCCUACAACGGACCCAAGAGACGUUGCAAGCCUCUCCCCGGGAAGCCCCUGCUGCGGCACCUUUAAGCCCCACACAACGCACAGGUGCAGCAGUUCCCGUUGCUGCUGCUGUUCCUGCUGCUGCACCUGUUCCUGCAGCUGCAGCUGUUCCUGCUGCUGUAUCGACAGCUGCUGCACCAGCACAGCAAGUUCGCUACCCCUCUCAGCAACCUGCUGGCAGCGGCAGCAGUCAAGCAGGAAUGCAAUUCAUCUCACAGACAUACCCGUACCUCCAGCCGCCACAGCAACAGCUUCACUCCAUCUCCCCUAGACAGCAAGGACAGCAGCAGCAGCAGCAGCCACAGCAAACGCUGCUCAUGCCACCGCCACUAUCUACCAUGAGCCCCACUACAUUUGUGCCUGCUGCUCCAGGCGCCCAGCACAUAUUCGCGUCAAGUGCACCAGUGGUUUGUGUGCAAGGCCAGCCGCUCCAGCAACAGCAGCAGCAGCAGCGUCAGCAGCAGCAGCCAACGCAAGAAUACAGGCAGUCACCGUGCUGCCCGCCCCCCAGGGGGAGAGAUGGAGCUCUGCAGGAGCCACGCUACAAGUAUUUACCCUUUACGUUUAUCUCAUCAAAACGAAAUAUCGCGUGCGGAGUGGGAAAGAAAAUAACUUCUAAACAACCACCGGCUGCUGCUUCGCUACCGACACAGCAGCAGCAGCAGCAGCAGCAGCAACAGCAACAGCAGCGCUCAAGUUGCUGCACAGCAAAUGGAAACGAACUUUCAGCGAGCCUUUCUUGCAGCAUAUAA